AGAGCUUAAUUAGAAGGCAGGCGCAGCAGCUAUAUCCGCCAGUUGGAGACGGACGUUACCAGCUGCUAGCUACUUUAGCCGCAGUAGACAGUUAGCAUCUAGCUGCCAGAGUACUAGUUCCUUUAGUGACACAUAAGGGUGUGAGCAAGGAGAGUCAGAGUGACAGUGAGAGAGUCCAGGCUGUGAGCGCCAGCUCGGCCGUCCCAAACUGACUCUUAGUGAUUGUGUGAAGCUGCGAGAGCCUCAAAGAGAGACAUAGAGAGAGUUUGUGUACACACAAGCCCACAUAUCUGCCUCUGUUUAUCUCAAAGCAGCGUGUCUGCGAAGGUGUUCAUUAGCAAGAGAGGAAGCAGACCUAUAAAGCCUGUUUACAAUUGGUGUCCAGUUACUUGGCAGCGGAUCUACAUCGCUUACUGAUAACCGACCAGCAGCAGCAGCAUGAUGUUGAGGUUUGCAGCGAUCAGAGGGGGCCUCGGCCUGCUCUCUGUCAGGAGGGCAUGUCUGUUCUCCCGCUCCUCCCACUCUGCACCACAGAACGAGUACCGACCCAUCAAGAAAGUCAUGGUGGCAAACAGAGGUGAAAUUGCUAUCAGAGUGUUCAGAGCCUGCACUGAGCUGGGGAUUCGCACUGUGGCUGUUUACUCUGAGCAAGACACUGGCCAGAUGCACAGGCAGAAGGCUGAUGAGGCUUACUUGAUUGGAAAAGGCCUGCCACCAGUUGCAGCGUACCUUCACAUUCCAGACAUCAUCAAAGUAGCCAAGGACAACGGAGUGGAUGCCAUCCAUCCUGGCUAUGGCUUCCUCUCUGAGCGAGCCGACUUUGCUCAGGCCUGCUCAGAGGCAGGAGUCAGGUUUGUUGGACCGAGCCCAGAAACUGUCCGCAAGAUGGGAGACAAAGUAGAGGCUCGCUCCUUGGCAAUCUCUGCAGGCGUACCUGUGGUCCCAGGAACUGAUUCCCCCAUCUCCAGUAUGCAGGAGGCGCACGCCUUUGCCCAAACCUACGGCUUCCCCAUCAUCUUCAAAGCUGCAUAUGGAGGAGGAGGUCGAGGCAUGAGGGUGGUCAGGGAGUACGAGGAGCUGGAGGAGAAUUACCAGAGGGCGUACUCUGAGGCCCUGACGGCUUUUGGGAACGGAGCGCUGUUUGUUGAGAAGUUUAUUGAAAAGCCGAGGCACAUCGAAGUCCAGAUCCUUGGUGAUAAAUAUGGUAAUGUCAUCCAUCUAUACGAGAGAGACUGCUCCAUUCAGCGGCGACACCAGAAGGUUGUGGAGAUUGCACCUGCCUUCCAACUGGACCCCCACCUGAGAGACAGACUUCAUGCAGAUGCUGUAAACCUGGCAAAACAGGUGGGAUAUGAGAAUGCAGGAACGGUGGAGUUCCUAGUGGACAAACAUGGAAAACACUACUUCAUUGAGGUCAACUCCCGGCUCCAGGUCGAACACACGGUCACGGAGGAAAUCACAGAUGUGGACCUGGUGCAUGCCCAGCUGCAUGUAUGUGAAGGUCGCAGCCUGCCAGACCUGGGCCUAAAACAAGACAAGAUCAGGGUGAACGGCUGUGCGAUCCAGUGCAGAGUGACGACUGAAGACCCUUCCAGGGGCUUCCAGCCAGACACUGGGAGGAUCGAGGUCUUUAGGAGUGGAGAAGGCAUGGGUAUCCGUCUGGACAGCGCCUCAGCCUUCCAGGGGGCUGUCAUCUCCCCUCACUAUGACUCACUCCUAGUGAAAGUGAUCGCCAGCGGAAAGGACCUGAACACAGCUGCUUCCAAGAUGAGCCGAGCCCUUGCAGAGUUCAGAGUGCGAGGAGUCAAGACCAACAUCCCAUUCCUCCAGAACGUCCUGUCCAACAGCCAGUUCCUGCACUCCACCGUGGACACCCAGUUCAUUGACGAGAACCCUGAACUCUUCAACCUCAAACCCACUCAGAACCGAGCUCAGAAACUGCUUCACUACCUGGGUCAUGUGAUGGUUAAUGGACCAACCACACCUAUUCCAGUCAAGGCCAAGCCGUCCUCCACGGAUCCAGUCGUCCCAUCAGUUACCUUGGGCGACCCACCUGUGGGUUUUCGUGAUGUCCUGCUGAGAGACGGCCCAGAGGGCUUCGCCAAGGCUGUCCGAGCCCACCAGGGUCUGCUGCUAAUGGACACAACAUUUAGGGACGCCCACCAAUCGCUUUUGGCAACAAGGGUCCGGACUCACGACCUGAAAAAGAUCUCCCCAUUUGUCAGCCACAACUUCAGCAACCUGUUCAGCCUGGAGAACUGGGGAGGUGCUACCUUUGACGUGGCCAUGCGAUUCCUGUCCGAAUGUCCGUGGAAGAGACUCCAGGAACUGAGAGCUUUGAUCCCGAAUGUCCCAUUCCAGAUGCUGCUGAGAGGGGCCAAUGCUGUGGGCUACACAAACUACCCCGACAACGCCGUCUUUAAGUUCUGUGAGGUAGCCAAAGAGAACGGCAUGGAUAUCUUCAGAGUGUUCGACUCCCUCAACUACCUGCCCAACAUGGUGCUGGGUAUGGAAGCAGCUGGAGCAGCAGGCGGCGUGGUCGAGGCCGCCAUCUCCUACACGGGCGACGUCUCCGAUCCGAUGAGGCAGAAAUAUUCCCUGGACUACUAUUUGAACCUGGCUGAUGAGCUCAUCAAAGCCGGGACUCACAUCCUCUCUAUCAAGGAUAUGGCCGGCCUGUUGAAGCCCGAGGCCAGCAAGCUUCUAAUCGGCGCAUUGAGGGAUCGUUUCCCAGAUGUUCCCAUUCAUGUUCACACACACGACACCGCUGGGGCAGGCGUGGCAGCCAUGUUGGCCUGUGCUGAAGCAGGAGCAGAUGUGGUUGACGUGGCUGUUGACUCUAUGGCAGGGAUGACGUCUCAGCCGAGCAUGGGGGCCAUCGUUGCCUGCACCAGAGGAACCAAACAUGACACUGGCAUUGCUCUGGAGAAGGUGUUCGACUACAGCGAGUACUGGGAAGUAACCAGAGGCCUGUACGCGCCAUUCGACUGCACUGCCACCAUGAAAUCAGGAAACGCUGAUGUCUAUGAGAACGAGAUACCUGGAGGACAGUACACUAACCUACACUUCCAGGCUCACAGUAUGGGGCUGGGAAAUAAGUUCAAGGAGGUGAAGAAGGCUUACACUGAAGCAAACAAACUACUAGGAGACCUCAUUAAGGUGACUCCAUCCUCAAAGAUCGUGGGAGAUCUGGCUCAGUUCAUGGUGCAGAACAACCUGACCAGGGCAGAGGUGGAGGAAAGAGCUGAUGAGCUGUCCUUCCCGCAGUCUGUGGUCGAGUUCCUGCAGGGAUACAUCGGCAUACCUCAUGGUGGUUUCCCUGAGCCCUUCAGAUCCAAGGUGCUGAAGUCCCUUCCACGCAUUGAAGGUCGUCCUGGCGCCUCUCUGCCUCCAAUGGACUUCAAGGCCCUGGAAGAUGGACUUCGUGCUGCACAUGGGGACGAUAUCACCCCUGAGGAUGUGAUGUCGGCAGCCAUGUACCCGAAGGUGUUCCAGGAGUUCAAGGAGUUUACAGCUAACUUUGGCCCAGUGGACUGCCUCAGCACCAGGCUGUUCCUGGAUGGACCCAAGAUUGCAGAGGAGUUUGAGGUGGAGCUGGAGAGAGGAAAGACCCUCCACAUCAAGGCCCUGGCACUGGGCGACCUGAACAAGGCCGGCCAGAGGGAGGUGUUCUUCGAGAUGAACGGCCAGCUGAGAUCCGUGCUAGUUAAAGACACCGUGGCCAUGAAGGAAAUGAAGUUCCACCCCAAGGCUCAGAAGUCCAUCAAGGGUCAGGUGGGAGCGCCGAUGCCUGGGAAAGUAUUGGAGGUCAAAGUUAAAGUCGGAUCCAAGGUGGAGAAGGGUCAGCCUCUCUGCGUCCUGUCGGCCAUGAAGAUGGAGACGGUGGUCAACUCCCCCAUGAGCGGGACCGUUAAGGCUGUCCAUGUGGAGCCAGACACCUCCCUGGAGGGAGAUGACCUGAUCCUGGAAAUCGAGGAGUAGAGAAAGCGAGGAGUGGAGGUUGAAGGGAGGAGGGGCAGCAAGAUGUAGACAAUGUAAUAGUAGAAAUAGCUGUUAGAGGUGGAGGUAGAGCAGGCCCUCGUAUGUACAUAUCAGCAUCAACACAGCUCUGUGUAUUUCCUGACACCUGAUGGAUGUAGAGACCACAGGAGGUGAAACAAUGGCAUCUUCCUCCGUCUCAUUGUAGAAACUAACCUUACUGAAGCUUUCAGGAGUGUUUUAUAUAUAAACCAUGAUACAUUCCACUGCAUAGUCUUAAAUGUGAUGUAAUACAUCGAGCUAACCAUGUGGAACACUAACAGGGUUGUAGAACACCUACUUGAAAUUAAAUAGCACAUUUUCCAGGCCAGCGGUGUUCAUCCGACACUGUAUUUAUAGUGACUAGAUUCAACUGACUACUAGUGUUUGUAAUUAGCAGGGCUCUCUGUGGAAGUAUUACCAAAUAUUGCAAAAUCAAAACACAUUCUUUUAUAUUCAUUUUUGACCAGAAUAUGAAUCCUUGACCUUAGUCACGCCGCAUUCUGGGAAUGUUAUCACAGCAAGCGUUUAACUCUCACCUUCUUUAAAGAUAACACGUUAGAACAAAACAAACACUGUAAGGAUGGUUAUUCACUGGACACAAUCCAAAAUAAUGUUCUGUUACUGUAUCAGUAAUAGCAUUGGGGUUUUCUCUUUAUAUUGUCCCAAAUAAAAUCUGCAAUAUUCUUUAGAAAUCAGGAGAACCAGCGAAAACCCCUCCUGUCCUAACGGUCGAGGUCUCAUGGCCAGAGAGUGAUGAGCAGUUUUUAUGGGGAUUUUUAAUGCUUAGUUUUAAAUGGGAUUACAGCACGUCACUUUAAUGGGGUCACUUUUUUUUGGAUUCGUUUUCUCCCGCUCCCUAUGGAUAAAUUGUCAGUCAAAUGAUGUGAAAUUAGCUGGGCUAAUAGGAGACCUCUGGAGGCUCCUGUUGGCGGGGGUGCUUGUCUUUAUACUUCUGAUGCGUGUGUGUGUUUGCAUAAACAAGUGAAAUAUAAGGACGAACUCCGCGAGUCCUCUGCAGCACACCCCCUGAGAUAAAAACCCAUUCAAGUACAGAUGAAAUAUUCAUGCUCACACAUGCCCCUGUUCAAAAAUACUCCUGCUGGCCCCUGUGUGCUGCAUGCAUCAGAAAAACAAAGGCGCUCUGCAAAGAGCGAAGUGGCUGUUUCAGUACCAACGCCGUCCAAAACAUUUAACAGCUUCAGUGACCAACUUAUAUGAUGCAGUCAGUCUAAGUCACUUAUUCAGUGUUAAUGCACGCCCUGACUGCGGGAUAAAUGCCAGUUUAAAAGAGGUUACAUAUUUUUCUACUGUUUACAGUGAAGCAGGAAGGUGUUUUCCUUUAUAGCAGAAUGAUAAAUGAAUUUAAUGUUUAAAUUGUCUUGAACGGUCAACAGGAAGUGGUUUGAUGAAAUUAAUUGUACAAUAACGUAAAAGUUCUCUCCUUGUUGCCUCUGCGUACUCCCCUCCAUUACACUGCCUCCUCCUCCCUUUUAUUGGAUUACUAUGUAUUUUCACAUGCAAGAUGUAAUCAUGUAAUGCAAUAAUGUAAACUGUACCGUAACUCUGCAUCUUUGCCAGCAGUGGCUCUUUAUCAGCCUCGCUGUGUUAAUGUACCAAUGUCUGUUAAAGAAAAAAUAAAAAAUAAACUGAGAAAGUCAAA